AUGUCUGUCGAUAAUUCUUGGGUAACUUUCUACCAAAGGAAUAAAAGGGCUAUUUUGGCCACUGUUGCUGCAGGGACAGCUGCAGCAGGUGCAUAUUAUUAUUACAAACAAUUACAGAACGCUCAAGACAAUUUAAAGGAUAACAAGGCCAGUUCGACAGCUAGUGGCGAAUCCUCUUCUAAAAAGAAGAAGAAGAAGAAGAAGAGUAAGUCUGCAAAAGAAUUGUCUCCAGCUACUACUGAUGGGAAACCCAUUUACCCCGUACGUGACAAUGGUGAACCAAAUCUAGAUAAUAAAGAUCAAUUUACCGAGGAGGAAAAGGAAAAAUAUUCUAUUGCAUUAAAGGAUAAAGGUAAUUCUCUAUUCAAAGCUGAUAAAUUCGAAGAAGCUAUUAAAUAUUAUAACUGGGCUAUUGAAUUGAAAGAAAACCCUAUAUUUUAUUCUAAUCUAUCUGCUUGUUAUGUUUCAUUGAAUAAAUUGGAAGAAAUCAUUAAGUACUGUAAUAAAGCUUUGGAAUUGAAACCUGAUUAUUCAAAAGUUUUAUUACGUAGAGCUAAUGCUAACGAAAAAUUGGAAAAUUAUGCUGAUGCUAUGUUUGAUUUAUCUGUCUUAUCAUUGAAUGGUGAUUACAAUGGUGCUUCAAUUGAACCUAUCUUAGAAAGAAAUUUAAAUAAACAAGCAAUGUCUGUGUUGAAGGACAAACUUAAAAAUUCUAAAGAUGAUCAAUUACCCUCUGAUACUUCUUUAUCUGCAUUCUUUGGUAUAUUUAAACCCGAAUUAUCUUUUGAAAAUUAUGAUGAAACAAAUGAUGCUGAUAAAGAAUUAUUAAAUGGGCUAACUCAUUUGUUUAAACGUCAAUCCGAAAGUUAUUUGAUUGCUGAUAAAUCCUUUAUGAAUGCCUUGGAAUUAUAUAUUAAACAAUUGGAGGAAACUCCUGAUGAUACUGAUUUGAAAGUUAAGGCCUCCAUUGCUUAUGAAUAUGCUGGUAUUUUUAAUUUCUUGAAAAAUGAUUUAAGUGGCGCUACUGAAAAUAUUGAUAAAUCUAUUAAAUUAAACCCACGUAUAAACUCUUAUAUCUAUAGGGCUUUGAUCAUUGCUGAUAAAGGUGAAUCUCAAGAUUAUCUAGAUUAUUUCGACAAGGCUUUGAAAUUAGAUGAUAAAUCAUGUGCAGUUUAUUAUCAUAGAGCUCAAUUGAAUUUUGUUACUCAAGAUUUCGCUAAAGCUGCUGUUGAUUUUGAAAAGGCUAAGGAAUGUGACCCAACAAAUAUUUUCCCAUACAUUCAAUUGGCUUGUUUAACUUACCGUGAAAAUAAAUUUGACGAUUGUGAAACUUUGUUCAGUGAAGCUAAGAGAAAGUUCCCAACUUUACCUGAAGUUCCAAAUUUCUAUGCCGAAGUCUUAACUGAUAAAGGUGAUUUCGAUAAUGCUAUGAAAAAUUACGAAACUGCUAGAAGAUUGGAAGAAGCUUCAAAAGAUGGUAUUCAUGUUGGUGUAGCACCUUUAAUUGGUAAGGCUACUUUAUUAGCAAGAGAACCAACUUUAGAAAACUUAGCUGCUGCUGAUAAAUUAUUAGAAGAGGCAAAUAGAAUAGAUCCAAGAUCUGAACAAGCUAAAAUUGGUUUAGCUCAACUCAAAUUACAAAAGGAAGAAAUUGAUGAAUCAAUUAGAUUAUUUGAAGAAUCUGCCGAUUUAGCAAGAACAAUGGAAGAAAAAUUACAAGCUACUACUUUUGCUGAAGCAGCAAAGGUCCAAAAAAUGAUUAGAGCUGAUCCAAUUAUCAGUAAGAAAAUCGAAGAAACUUUAGCAGCAUACCGUGCUCAAAAUAGCUUCUAA